UUCAUUAUUCAUAUUAUCAAUUAUCAUAUAUUUUAAGUUUAUUACGAAUAUUAUAAUUUCGAAAUUUUCGAAAUUUAAUAUAUAAUUAAUUUGUUAAAUAUAUUCUUUAAAUAAUUUAAAUAUAUAAUUAUUUUUUAAAUAUAUUAUAUUUUUUAAAACAUUUAUAAUUUUCGAAUUUUUUUAAAUUUUUAAUAUAUAAAAUUUCAAAUUUUUUUUAAUAUCAAAAAAUAUAUAUAUGAAAAUGUCGAGAGAGUCCGGUAGAAGGUCCGUGAAUAUGGGCUCCGUGAACCGAAGUUUGAGGAAAGGCAAAGCUAAAGCCACCUCCGACGGUUCGACCUCACGCGGUUCUCGAGGAAGACACUCCGUCUCUUCCUUUCCUACUAUCCCCGAUCAAUUCAUCAGGGACGGUAUGACGGAUGAAGAAUUUGACCAGAUUUAUUCUGGUAGAGGGGACGCGAAUCUCCCCACUCUUGAUAGUCUAUUCGAGGAUGUUGAUGAAGCAGGACUGGAUAAUCUGGACGGGGACGAGGAGCCUACACCGCACAACAACGACGUCGACGUGGAGGCAGAAACAAAAGAUGGCAUAGUUUAUGGAACUUGUAAGUAUUGUGGGGCCGUCAUUAAAAUGAGAGUUUCCGGCGGUUAUGGCGGUACUGUACCAGAAGAAACAACACCUCCUCCGCCCCCCAAAUCAAAAAAAGAUUUUAAAGGAAUAGUCGGUGGGCUUCUUGCAAAGAAAGGGAAGCGUGCUCAGCCUUCGACGAGUUCAAGUGGUACAACAGUAAGCUCGCACAACAAACUUGCUAUGUACCAAGGGGUGCCAUGCGAUUACGACGAGGACGACGUGGAGUUUGACGUCCUCGGAUGGUGGAAGCGGAACAAACACAUGUUCCCAUGUCUUGGAAAGUUAGCAAGACAAGUGUUGUCCGUCCUGACCUUGCCCCUACUCGAAACUAGAGAGGCUGUUUCCAAAGAGACCCUCGGCUCAACGUCGAAAGUUGCAUUGCUUGACUAACUGCUACUUCAUUAAUUAAAGAAGCGCAGACAGUUUAGAGAUCCAUUUUGAUUUAUUCCAUCACACCCCAAAGCCAAAAAAUGGUGAAAUUUUGG